AUAUCACCUUUUGCUUUGUCAUUCACCACGAUGGCGUUGGUCGUGACACGCACAGCGGUGAGGCCGUCCAUUAUUCGCGCAACUUCGUCGUGGGCGUCGACGCCUGUGUGUCUCGCUCAUGCCCGAGGGCUAGCUACCCCAUCAUCGUCCAAGUCUGUGAUUAGUAAGAAACUCGCCGACGGACCAUCGUUAGACGACUUCAUCGCUGGAGAUGCGGAAGGUCCUCAAAGAGUUGUUCUGGGCAACACUUCUCAACCAAGGCUACCUUCUUUCCUGAAGACAUCUAUACCGACUGGCACAUCGUAUACCAAGAUCAAAAAGGACCUUAGAGGCCUUGGUCUACAUACAGUAUGUGAGGAAGCACGUUGUCCCAAUAUCGGAGACUGCUGGGGUGGGAAGGAAGGCGCAACAGAAGAGGAGGACCGUAGGGCUGCGACUGCAACAAUUAUGCUCAUGGGAGACACCUGCACCCGAGGGUGCAGGUUCUGCUCCGUUAAGACGUCGCGAACACCUCCACCAUUGGACCCGCACGAGCCAGAGAACACUGCUGAAGCCAUUAGCCGAUGGGGCCUCGGCUAUAUCGUGCUAACAAAUGUGGACCGAGAUGACCUUGCUGACGGCGGUGCCCACCAUUUCGCUGAAACCAUCCGCAAGAUCAAGCAAAAGGCACCUCAAAUUCUUGUGGAAGCAUUGACGGGCGACUUUGCUGGAAAUCUGGACCAUGUGUCGUUGGUUGCGAAGUCUGGGCUCGAUGUAUACGCGCACAAUGUUGAGACCGUCGAGGAGCUAACACCCUUUGUCCGUGAUCGCCGUGCGACAUUCCGGCAGAGUCUGGCUGUACUCAAGCUUGCGAAGGAGGAAGGCGUUCGUGUGACGAAGACAAGUAUGAUGCUCGGUGUCGGUGAGAAUCGAGACCAGGUCUUAGAUGCGCUGCGAGAGCUACGAAAGGCCGACGUCGACGUCAUCACUUUCGGACAAUAUAUGCGGCCAACGAAGCGACAUAUGAAAGUCGAUCGAUAUGUGGAACCAGCAGAGUUUGAUGAAUGGAAGCGCACAGCCGAGAGUAUGGGCUUCCUGUACGUAGCGAGCGGCCCUCUGGUCCGUUCUAGCUACAAGGCCGGAGAGUUCUUUAUUGAGAAUGUGCUGAAGGGCAAGGGUGCACGGAAGCAAACUCUUCCGCUUGUUGCGGAAGAUGCCCAGUUGAAAUCCACACUUUCGGAACUGUAACCUUGUAGAGCUCUCGUAUACCAUUGUCCUAAUUUCACUCAUGGCUUGGUAGCUUCUGGCAUCGAUUUGCAUAUCAUUUACAUUGCACUACGCUUCGUCUCCUCCUCAUUGCCUCCAACAGAGCAAUCUUGCUGAUUAUACACUGCGCUUUACGGGAAAAUUGUUCGAGGGCGGCUGCAUGUCGCCUCCAUGUCGCUUCCAUGUCGUGGACAUGCGAUGUUGCAAAUAUAUCUGUGCAGCACGGUCUAGCAUCCCUCACGAAAAUUGACCGGCUACACUGGAUUUUGUGCCUUUCCGAACGAAUCCGA